AUGCGCUUGGCCAACUUCAUCGCUCUUUCCGCCCCCUUGGCGUUCAUGGCCCAAGCCCUCAAGGCUCCCAUUGAAGGGUACGAUGUCUGGGAGCCCGAAUGGGAUAUUGAUGGUGAACACUUCAACGGCUCUGUCCAAGAAGUUGUUCGUCAGCUUGAGGCCUUGAGACCUGAGAUGGUACACGCUUUGCACCUUGAAGCAAACUAUUCUUCUGUUCUGGCCAACGAUCCGACGGAUCCGUUGCCUCUGGGAGACUUUGACGUUCAGUGUCAGAAACUACACGAAGCAAGUGUGUCAGCAUGGUGGGAAGGUGUCAAGUACUUGCGCAAGGUUCCCGGCAAACCCGUGGGAGGUCCUGGUCCGGGAAGCUGUGGCCGUGUCAGUUGCUCCUGGAACAUGGGUAUCUGGUUCUGCAAUGAUGAUACAAAGCAGAAGGUUCUUGAUACCUAUCGCCACAUUGCCGAUGGCGCAGAAGCUGCCUACUGGAAGUGCACUGGGCCGCCGUACUUCGAAUACUUGGCCAGUGGGCAAGCCUUUCACAAAACCGACAAAUGGAAUGUUAUGGCUCAAGCUGUCGACACCGGGGAUGAGAGCCAACGGUGCUGA